CCACUUGCCAAUUUCAACUUUUUGUCAUCUGUAGCCUGAUGUCUCUCACCAUGGCCAGAACUGACCACGAACUUCUGUCCACACCUUCGGACGAUGUACAAGGUCGUUUGAUCCAGUCCUUGCUCGUUGGUAGAGGCUUGGAGUUUACGCCAGAUGGUCAAUUUGUUCGCUGGUCGAUGGCGAACCCGCGACACCCCCGCAACUGGCACAAGUUGAGGAAAAUGUAUGAUAGCGGCCUGAUCAUUUGGUUGGAUCUCUUCACGACGGCAGUGAGUACAGGCGGGCUCACAAAUGUCAGGCCUCGGCGGCCACCAGUGCCCAACUAGAACUUGGCAUUUCACAUACUAUGUCCAUAUUUUUAUUUGUUCCUGUCUAUCUGUUGGGACACGGCCUGGGCGGUAUCGCCUUUCCGCCAUAUUCGGAGGUUUUUGGGCGCAAGAAGCUCUACAUCGUCAGUACGGCUCUCUACAGCGUCUUCUGCGCUAUCGUCGGGGCAGUUUCUUCGAUAGGCGGCGUCGUGGUUGGUCGCUUUGGUAGCGGAUUCCUGUCCGCUAUCCCAACCACGGUUAUUGCAGGCAGCACUGAGGACAUGUUAAAUACCAAGGAUCGCAUCUGGAUGAUAUACCUAUGGGCUAUGGUCUCCAACCUUGGCUUGAUUACUGGCCCUAUUAUGAGCACAUACAUUACGACAGCCCUAGGAUGGAGAUGGAUGUUUUACGUCUCUGCCAUUAUUGUAGCCGUCACGACUGGACUUCUGUUUGCCAUACGAGAAUCCCGGCCAUCGUUGAUUCUGAGCCGUGAGGUCGCAAAACUCCGCAAGGUUACCGGCAAUAACGACUUGCAUGCACUCAAUCUAGACCACACUCCCGAUAUGCGUACAUUCGCUCGCCUGGUACUGUUUCGUCCUUUACAUCUGUUCUUUACAGAGCCCAUCGUCUGCUUGGUGGCCGUCAUGAGCGCCAUUGCAUGCGCUCUAAUUUACUUGUUUACCGAAGCCCUGCUGCCCUGCCGCCGAUCUACGAAGAGCUUGGGUUUUCAGCAACUUCAGCUCCCUUGCCCUUUCUAGCAAUUGGUGUUGGCUUACUUUUGGGUCUUUUUACUCGUGUUCUAGAUAAUCACAUUCUAGAAAAACACUCUAGGGUAGGUCGACCAAUUGCGCCAGAGCACAAGCUCAUUGGCUUCACCAUUGGUGCUCCUGUCUUGGCUGGGGCUUUGUGGUGAUUCGCUUGGACUAUACCUCCUCGUGUCCACAAUGUACAC